GCGUGUGUAUUAGUGUUUAGAUAAAUCAUAUUUUUAUCUAUAAAAAAAGUUUAUUGUGCUUUUGAAUGAAGAGAUGUGUGAUGAUGAAAUACUACUUUUUAGGUAUGCCUAGAAAAAUUAUACUUGCAUAAAUCUGAGAGCAAAACCAGUUCAAAAUGCUGCACGUAUUCCAUGUGGACUCAGGGCGUAUGAUGACGUUUGACAUGAGCUUAGCUCUAGAAAGCGUCGACAACCUGAAACGAUACGUCCAAGAGGAAUUCAAAAUCCCAGCUGAGAAACAAGUGUUGUUGAUUAGCGGAGGAGAAUGUUUGGACCCGAAGAAGAGGGUGUGCUCCUAUUCGGCAGGAACCGACACAAAUCCUAUUUUUCUUUUUAGUAAAUCAAUUAUCGAAUCUCCGAUUCCUCCUCCGCCUACUGGAGAUUAUGGAAGUGAAAGUGAUGUCGAUCUCAAAGUUCAAGAACACUGUGAUAUGCCGGUAACAUUCGGCACCGUUGCCAAACGAGCUCAAUUGGCACAACAACUCGUUGAAUUAGCUCGGAAACAGUUGACUGUCUGUGAAAAUAUCGUCCACGAUCAACAUUUGCAACAACAGGGAUGGUCAGCUGUCGUCGCCAGUUUGGAAGAUAUCACUUUCGAAUUCAAGAAAAGGGCUGAUGUAUUCCUGAAGUUCUUCGAGAAUUAUAUUGACGAAAGGGAGAUGCACGCGAAGUUUUUGGGGCUGGUGGAUCCGGAUGGUGAUGAAAUAACUGUUAAAAAAGAGGAGAAAAAGGACCACACGGUUAUUUUCUCAAUAUCGCCCGAAACUCAUGACAGUUAUUUAACCGGAAACGCACCAUGCAAUGCUGUUUUUAACAAUGAUCUGAGAACGCUACAAAGGAUACCGGUAUUGCCAGUUCUUCUACUGAAGAAUCCGCGAUUAGCCAUAACCGAUUCGAAAACUUCGGAAGAAGAUGAAGAAUCUAACACAUCACAAACUAGCAUUACUGGAAGGGAAGUGAGCAUUUACGAUUGGAUGUGCGGUUCUGACACCAUGGACAAACUGUAUGAUCAUUGUUGCAGAGGUAUUGAACAGUUUGACAAGAAGGUUUUGAAAUCGAUUUCUGAAGACAUUGCAGAAAUGCUAAAAAAUGCCGACAAUGUACAAAUGAAGGAGGUUAAGGGGCUUGGUGAACGUCUCUUCGGACUCGAAACUCUUAUGAGGGAAGCAAAGAAGUAUAUGAAAAAUCAAGCAGAAUUGGCACAGUCCUUCGCUAAUAACCAAAACAGGGCAAGUAACACUAAAGAUGCCUCCGUACUUCCUGAUUUAUGCAUGUCCCAUAAAAAACAAUUACAAAUGAUGGCUUUUAACCACACCCAAAUCUGUGAUAUUAGAAGAAGAUGCACUAGAGCGAAAGAAGAACUGAGUAUUAAUCUCUACCAUAGGCUUAAGUGGGUGAUGUACAUAGAGGAUCAUAUAUUAGAAACAGAUAACAAAUUAGUUAUUUAUAAUGAAAGUUUGAAGAGGUUAACGAAGCAUUUGAUAAUACUUGAACAGGUACAUAAAGCUCCAGCCACAUAUUUGUGUGCUGUUGCUGAAGUGGUUAGGAGAAGAACGUUUUCUCAACACUUUUUAUUGUGGGCUUCGGAAUUAGCUUGCCAUCUUCUAACUAUUCGUAAUGAAGAAAUAGUUCGAAGAAAAGAGUUCCAAUCUCGGUUCCAAGGGCACUUUUUAAGUUCCUUGUUUCCUGGAAUGGAUGACUUGCCUCCAGAUUUUGCAACGCAGGCACCCCCAAUGUUCGAUACCGGAUUACCCAAACUUACCCAGGAAGAUAUAGAUAAGUUGAAACAGGAUUUGCCAGAUAUGGCAGAAAAUUUGAACGUUCCCGAUACAAGUGUCCUGACGAAUUUCUUCCUUCUGCGUUCUUUGACCGCACGAAAAGAAGAAGAAAUACAGGAUGAUAAGAUGGGAAACGAAGAAGUGAUCAAGGCUGUGGAAGAGAAAUUGAUACAGGCUGUUAGUGAUGUAGGAUUAGCUAGUGAUUUGGAUAGGGAUAUACUCAGGGGUACAGGGAGCGAACCUUGUCUCACCACUGCGACGGGUUUGCCACAUCUUAAGGAUUUAGAUAGGGGUUGCGAGUCUGAAACAGACACUGAAGAAUUUGAAAAGGUUGGCCAGAGUCCAUUGGAGCUGAACUUUGAUAAGAAUAUUCCAUCACCUCGUCCACGCACCCAAGACGCGUCUACCUCCACCGAGGAUAAUCUUCAAGUGUCCAGAAGCGAACAUGAAAAAUUAAAAACGGUGUUAAGAAAAUUAUACCAGUUAGCCAGAGACGCGAUUCUACAACUCAGAUCUGAACAAGCAGUUCUCAGAACGCAAAUUGUAGCCAAUAAAGAUAGUGCUAGUCAGUAUUGCGAUAAAAUAGAUAGUUCCUGGGCAAACCUCAUACUUUUCCAACAGCAACAAGAAAAAGAAAACCUUGAAGUGAUAUCAAAAAGUUAUGAGAAUGUCAUUAGUGAAUUAAGGAAGCAGGUAGAUGUGCAAAAUCAACAAAUAGAAGAUUUAUUUAAUGAGAAAUCUGCAUUAGAAGGAGAAAUAAUAGUAUCAUGUCAAGAUCUAAAUACAAACAUGGAAAAGCUCAGGGAAGAAAAUGCAAAAACGAUUGAAGAUCUGCAGAGACUUUUAGAAGAGAAAGAAGCAGAAAAAGAAAAAAUAGCUAAAGAAACAACGGAUAGGCUGACAAGAGAUUACAAAGCUGAAAUAGAAAGCAUUAGAUCUAGAUUUAAACUUAUGACUAUGGAAAGAAGUCCAUCAGAUAGUAGUUUGGAAAAAUCUGUAGAUUUUAGCAACUUAGCUAGUAAUUCUCCCUUUUUAUUGCAAAUGAAAGAGAAGUUUGAAAUGGAUAAAGAACGAGCAGUCAGUGAAGCGUUACUUAAAGAACGAGAGAAAUGGGAAAAGCUCAUGGCCAUAAGGAUACGCGAAACUGAAACCAAAUUUUUGGAAGAAAAAGAUAUUUCGCUCCAAAAUCUUGCUAAAAAAAUAACAGAGGAAAAAGAUAAACAAAUCGACUUUUUAAUGGAAAGAGAAAAGAAUCUGAAUUUAGAAUGUAUUAAAUAUAAAAGUACCAUUCAACAAUUGGCUGAGAGCGAAAUAGAGAGCAGCGACGUGGAACUUUUAAAAAAAAUUAGCGCUUUGCAGGAAGAGAAAGAUGCCUUGGCAGAAGAGCUGGAGAAAUGUAGGAGCCAGAACGUCAAGGCUGUUGAUAUGUCAACUUCGGUGGCUGUCUGUGAAGCCAAAGUAGACGUCACGACGAGUCCUAUCAAACAGAAAGAGUCCAAAAAAAGUGAGCCAACACCUAAAGGAAUUCUUAGUGUAGAAAGUUGCAAGUCGGGUGAUAGAGUGAUCGUCGGAUGGGACAAAGAACACGAAAAUUUUAGGGUAGUUCAAGAAAAACAACAUCUCUAUUUUGUGCAUUCUGAUUAUUUAGAAGGUUUAGGUCUAGAAGUAAUCGAAGGACAACCUAAUAAGCAUUUUUGUAUUGCCGAAGUUUUAGAUAAAGAAUAUUGUUAUGCAAGAAAGUCUGACAAUAGAUAUAAAGUACCAAAAUCUACAAAAUUCUUUCGAGUAAAAGUACGGCCGUCAAUCUCUACAUUAUCACGUGAUACCUCCGUCUCGCAGAGCCUAUAUCAACCUUUCAGCACCGGAGAGCAUUCUCGCAUGACACAAAGUCAAUCUGCAGUAUCCACCACCGUAGAAGAAAUGAUUUUAGAAGAUACAUCUUCACCAGUGAGAACGCAUCCGCCUAUACCAGAGAGGGACGAAACGGAUGGUGUCGGGCCGGAGCUAUUAGAGGCUGUAGCUAGUGUAGAAGAAACUGAAGCUACUUUAGUAGAGCAAGUAGAACAGCAAGUUGUGGUACAUAAUGCCGGAGCUGCUAAAUGGCCUGAACACCAUUUUGCAGAAGAUAGCGGCAUUGUUGAAAAUAUAGAUAAUGUUGAGCAAGCCAUGGCGGCUAUAGAUGAUACUCUCACUGAGAUAGAAAAUGAAAAUGAGAAUUGUGACCGGGAUUGUAAUAAACAAGUGGAAGUUUUUCGAGAACAGCACGCUUAUAUCAGCAGCACAUGGCUGGAAAUGAUGCUCAGUAGGGUGUUUACUAAAAGCAUUCAAAAUCAUAAAGAUUGUAUUGAACAAAACGCAGUACGUAAAAUGGAAUGAGUGAAGAAACCGAUUUGCAAUCUGCAAUCAACAAAACAAUCGACGAUCCAUUUCUAGUAGUUUAAGAAUUAUUUGGUUUAUCACAAUCCGUCUCCUCAACCUUUCUCUGAUGUGUGGACACGUAUUCUACUUUAUUUUUAUUGUGAUAUGAACUUUUUGCUAAAUGAGUGAAUAUACUAGAGGCGAGUAUUACAUACAUAAUAUAUUGAAUUGCCAGUCUUCUCUUUAAAUAUUGUACCUAUAAAGAAUUGUUUUGCGUUCUACUAUACUUAAAUUGUUCUGUCUGGCAUAUUGCAUAUAUUUAUAUUGCACGGAAAAUAAUAUAUGAUAAAAUGUAGAACAUACUGGAAGUUAAUCAUUUUCAUUAAUGAUAACUAUUAAUAUGCUAAGAAACUUAUCAAGCCGUUAAAAAAUCUUUCGACGCUUGUUUGAUAUGCAAAACUAUGCCCGACACAAUAAUUUAAACACAUUGAAUUUAUUAAUAUUAUUGUAUUUAACUGAACUAUCGAUCAAUGUUUAGUAAAAAUAUGAUCAGCUAGAUAUUACAUCGGAAAAUAUUAUUUUACUUACGUUAUUAUAAUAUAUAUUAUAAUGUAGCAGAAUGUACCUAUCAAGAAAAACAAAACAAAUAAUAUACAGUGAUGAAGGCGCUAAUAACCAGCAAAAUAACCCAAAAGAUGGAAAACAUACGACGUUAUGAAAUAAAAAGAGAUAAAACUAGUAGAGGUGGGAAAUUAUCGGUAUAAACCUAUAAAUAUAUAUUACAUUACGAUAUUUCCCACCUUUAUACAUUAGUUUAAGAACUAGUUGACUUCAGUCAUAAUUAUAGGUAUGACGUCGAAAAACAUUUUAUUUUAAUUUGUUAGAAGAACAAAUAAAUAUAUUAAGACAGAUGAUAGCAAAAAACCUUAAUUAGUAGCCAUUUUAAUUAUAAAUCAAACUAAUAAUAACAACAACUCAUUGUUGUUAUUAUUACUAAAAUAUUUUACUAAACGUCAUCCGUAUAAUAUUAUGACUGAAGUCAACUAGAGCUAAGGUCUAAAGGUGGGAAAUAUUGUAAUGUAAUGUUUUUUUAUAGGUUAUACCGAUAAUUUCUCACCUCUGAUAGUUUAUUCUCUUUCUAUUUCACGACGUAUUAUGUUUUUCUUCUAUUGCGUUAUUUUGCCGGUUAUUAGUGCGCUCAUCACUGUAUUACUUAAAUGUUUAAUGGUAAUACCGUUAUAUCAAAUAAUAUACAAGAAGUGCAGUAAUAUAGUUUAGUGGUGAAAUAAUAUGAUUAUUUGGUGGACACAGAUUUAUCGAAUUUCUGCAAUUUUCUAGAUUAUGUAUGAUCUUAAGUGGUAGCAUUUCAUUAGUUAGAUAUUAGUUCUUUGUCUCAUUUUAUGUUAGGUCUGGACUAAUCUAUAUAAACACAAUUUGUUUUGUUGGAGAUAGGCGUCAGGGUUGGUGCUUAGAGUUUUAAUUUUAUAUGAUUACAAGGCCGCUAAUUUAAUCUAUCAACCCCAUCCUUUAUUAAGGUUCGGCACAGAUAGUGAUAAUAGUCGACUACUCAGUCCAACGAGACGUAACAAUACACAUAUCACAACAAAAUAUACAAAAAACACUAUAGAAUGAAAGACAAUAGAAGUGCAAAAGAACUAGAAACAAGUCAUAAUAAGAUCAGGAGAUUAACCAACAAUUAAACUCCAUGUUGUAUUUUUUAUUUUAUUUGAAUAGCUUUUAGCUUUUCAUUGAUUGAUGGUUUAGAGUUUAUUUAUAAACAUUUAUGUGAACUUGGAGCAAAAAUAAAUAUUUGCUACAAGUGUAUUGCAUGAAAAUAGUGAUGUCUUAUAGUCUUGGUUGACUGGCAAUUCUACAACAAAAUCAUCCUUUCUACUUUGAUGUAUCAUUUUUUUUACAAGAAAACGAUAUGGGUAAUAGUUGCAGGUUACCGUAUUAUUUAUACUUUAUUAUACUAUUUUAGACUAUAGAUUGAAGUUAUCCAUGAAAAAAAAACGAACGAAAAUAGAAAAAAAAUUUAACACAAAAUACAAAUUUUAGCAGUAAUAUACAUAUUCCUCAAAUAUUCGAGGAUUUUUCUUACAAAUAUAUGUUUUUCAAAUUCAGGAUAGUUAGUUAUUGCAGAUUUUAUGAAUAUAUUGUAAAUAGAGAUUCAAAAAGGUAAUUGUUUGUUGUUGAAAUUAUUUUUUUUAUUAUUUUUACGAACGCAGAAUAAUUUUGAACUGAAUUUUAUACCACUUUAUCAAUAAAGAUACUUUACUUACCAGUCGAAAACUCAUACACUAAGAA